GAGAAGGGAGGGUUAAAAAACGAAACUGAAGAAACAAUUCGUCUCCGCGAAGGAAAUGCCUUCUGCGCUCUCCAGGUGACCUUUUCUGAAAAUGCAACCUCUCCAGCUGAUUGGCUUUUGUUUUGAUUACAAAGUGUGUGAAAUAGACCCCUAAGUUCCCUGCAGACACGAGCAUGAGGAUGUGCACUUCUGGGGUUAGCAAUAUGUGGCAGCUCCUGUCCCUGUUCCUCCUCAGCCUGGCAGCGGUUUUUUCCAAAGUGACCGAGAGUCGAGGCAUCCUGGAGAGUAUACAGAGAUUUUCUUUGCUGCCAACUUAUCUGCCUGUGAGCUAUCAUAUCCACAAUGCGGAUGUUUCCUUCUUUCUUAAGGAAGCCAACCAGGAUAUCAUGAGGAACUCUAGUUUGCAAUCCCGGGUGGAGUCCUUCCUAAUCUAUAAAUCCAAGAGGCCACCUGUAUUAAAUGCCAGCUAUGGACCCUUUUCCAUUGAACAAAUAGUGCCGCAGGACCUAAUGUUGUCUUCAAAUCCAUUUGGAUCCAUCAACAAGUUUUCCUUUAAUUGGAAACUCAAAGCCUACAUCUUGAGUGACAAAAUUUAUCUGAGGAAGCCCAAAGUCCAGAUCCUUUUCUACGUUGUGGGCAGGGACUGGGAUGACUACAGUACCACAGAGAGGCUGCCUUGCCUGCGGGUGUUUGCCUUCCGCGAGACGAGGGAAGUCCGAGGCAGCUGCAGGCUGAAGGGGGAUCUGGGAUUGUGCGUGGCAGAGCUGGAACUCCUGCCGAGCUGGUUUAACCCCCCCACAGUCAUGGCCGGCCGCAAGAAAGCGACAGAUCAGUCUGAAGGGAGCCCUGUGGAACUUUACUACACCAUCCAGCCGGGGGAUGAGACCGGGGAGUGCAGUAAGGAGGACGUAAGGAAAAGUAAUGGGAUCAGACUGGGAGGGAACGAUAUUGAUGAAUCAGUACCUCCUUUGCAGAGAAUUGGAAGUGUUUUCCUUUACCAGACAUAUGGUGGCCCUUCCUUAAGUGAAAUGAGGUUGGAUAACAACAUCGCCAUCCAAUAUAUACCAAAGACUGUCAAACAAGGUGAUAUUUUGACUUUCCUUGUGUCUAUCAAUAAAAAUUCAACGGAGGACCAGUUCACACUGAGGGCAAAGGUGAAGAAAGGUGUGAAUAUUUUCAGCGUAAGAGCCAGCAGCCCGUACUUAUGGGACAUUAGAGAGAGCGUGGAUUAUACUGGGAAAUAUGCACCAGCUGUCAUUGUUUGUCAGAGGAAAUCUGCUACCUCGGAAAACAGGGCUGGCAGUCCUUCCUCAGAGAUCAUGCAGAUUGAUUUUGAAUUUGAAGACCUAAGUGAUCUACCUGGGACCCAGCUGAUCACGUGGCAGGUUGAAUAUCCUGGGGAUACGACAUCUGAUCUAGGAGUCUCCAAGAUCUAUGUAAACCAGAAGGAUCUUGUAGGAGUCCUUCCUUUGGCCAUGGAAGCUGAGAUCCUGAACACAGCGAUUCUCACUGGGAAAACUGUGGCUGUCCCUGUCAAGGUGGUCUCAGUGGAGGAGGAUGGGACCGUGACUGAUCUUCUAGAAUCCGUGGAGUGCAGAUCGUCUGAUGAAGAUGUAAUUAAGGUUUCUGACAGAUGUGACUAUGUCUUUGUCAACGGGAAGGAAAUGAAAGGCAAAGUGAAUGUCAUCGUUAAUUUUACUUACCAGCAUCUGACUGCCCCACUGGAAAUGACAGUCUGGGUUCCUCGCCUCCCACUGCAAAUAGAGAUUUCUGACACAGAACUAAACCAGAUCAAGGGGUGGAGGGUCCCUAUCAUUUCUAAUAAGAGACCAGCCCGAGACAGCGACGACGAAGAAGAGGACGAGCGGAAGGGCAGAGGCUGCACCCUGCAGUACCAGCACGCCAUGGUGCGAGUCCUGACACAGUUUGUAGCUGAGCCCUCCGACCCAGGUGGCCAGCUGAGCUCUUUGCUAGGCUCUGACUGGCAGGUUGAUAUCACGGAGCUGGUGAGUGACUUCAUGCAGGUGGAGGAGCCCAGAAUCGCCAAGCUGCAAGGUGGACAGGUUUUGAUUGGACAAGAACUUGGAAUGACGACAAUCCAGAUACUGUCCCCUCUUUCGGACGCCAUCUUGGCUGAGAAGACCGUGACCGUUCUGGACGAGAAGGUGACCAUAACAGACCUCGGAGUCCAGCUGGUAACUGGAUUGUCGCUCUCCCUGCAGCUCAGCCCAGGGAGCAAUAAGGCCAUCUUUGCUACAGCAGUCGCACAGGAGCUUCUUCAGUCACCAAAGCAGGAAGCGGCCAUCAGCUGCUGGGUCCAGUUCAGUGAUGGAUCCGUCAUGCCCCUGGAUAUUUAUGAUGUCAAAGACUUCUCCUUGAUGGCUACAUCUCUAGAUGAAAAGGUGGUCUCCAUUCACCAUGACCCUAAAUUCAAGUGGCCUGUGAUCGCUGCUGAGAUGGAAGGCCAGGGGACACUGGUGAAGGUGGAGAUGGUGAUCAGUGAACCAUGCCAGAAAUCCAAAAGGAAGAGCAUCCUGGCUGUUGGGAGCGGGAGCAUUAAAGUCAAGUUCGGACAGAGUGACGCCAACCCUAAUGUUAGCGACAGCAAGCAAAGCGGGGCUGGUGUCCACCUGGAAAAUCAUGCAAGCGACCGCCGUCAAAAAAACACCUUGCAGGACAGAGCUAGGCCAGAUGGGCAGUAUUACAGCAGCUCCUCAGUGGGCCAAAUGGAAGGCAAAGGAACUACCACGGACAGGUCUAUUUUAAGUAAAAAAGAGGACAGAGAAAGCCUUCUGGAUGAUGACAGCCAUCUGCAGAACAUUCCAAUAGACUUCACCAGUUUCCCUGCACAGGUGGACUUGCCAAGAAGCAAUGGGGACUUGGAAGAGAAUGACCUUGUGCAGACACCCAGAGGGCUCAGUGAUCUGGAGAUAGGAAUGUAUGCUUUGUUGGGAGUCUUCUGCCUGGCAAUCCUCGUCUUCCUUAUCAACUGCGUUACCUUUGCUUUGAAGUACAGGCACAAGCAGGUCCCCUUUGAAGAGCAGGAAGGCAUGAGCCACUCUCACGACUGGGUUGGGUUGAGCAACAGGACAGAGCUUCUGGAGAAUCACAUUAACUUCUCAUCCCAACAAGAUGAGUGCAUCACUGCCAUUGACAGAGGGGUGGACUUUGAGGAGAGCAAAUAUCUCCUCAGCACAAAUGCCCAAACAAACAUUAACGGCCAGGUCUUCAGGUCAUCAGAGUCCACAUUCAUUGAAGGGAAAGAACAGAAAAGUGAACCGACCGCCUCUCCUACCUCCAAGCGGAAACGAGUCAAAUUCACCACCUUUACCACCAUCUCCUCCGACGAUGGGUGCCCUACUGUCAAUUCCAUCCUGAUGAGUAGUGAGGACGAUAUUAAAUGGGUGUGCCAGGAUAUGGACCUUGGGGAAUGCAAAGAGCUCAGAAACUAUAUGGAGAGAUUACAUGAGAGUGCAUAACAGGACACUAAGGACCUUUUUGGUUUUUGGUUUUCACUCACCUUUCUGCCUUUAAUUUUGGGUAUUGGGGCAAAAAAUGUGUUGGCAAAUGAGAGUCAAGUGGUGGAUAAUACCUCAGUGGAGCCCCAGAAAGCAACCCAAAACCAGCUAAGAAAGCAGAGAUCCUGGACAGCUCAUACAGUUAAAGUCUUCUAUGGGCUUGGAGACUGGAAUAAAAUGUGUGUGCGGUUUCUGAUGCAUGGCAACAUGGAAAAAUAAACCUUAGCAAAAUAAUAAGAUCUCAUUCUCUGAGCUUUCCCAGGAAAUCAAUAAAAAUAACAAACUCCAACACAGUUUGGAUAUUACAAAGCUCACACAGUUCUAAUGUUCAAUAUCACAGGCUGUGGUUAAAAGUGAAAAUCGGGCUCGGAAUAAACGGAUCAAUGAAAGGAAGCUUGUCUUUCAAGACACAAGCACAGGACAUCCAGCUGAGAACGUUAAUUUAAAGCUGACAGACAACUGCAGUGUGAGCAGCACAGCAACCUCAGUUGCAGAGUUAUGAGUUUCCAAAGAAUCUAGGAGGUUAUGGGGGGAAGUGACUGAGAUGGUUUACAGAUCCGCAUGAUCACCACUGAGAAUGGAUACACAUACAAUUAUAUAACUGAAAGCUCUCUUUUUAAGUAGAAGCUGAGAUAAUAAACUUUGCUGGCCAAUUUUCAGUAUUUCUUAAUUUGUAAAAUUGGAGAAGGUAUAAUCUAUAAUCAACAUACUGCUCAUAUAAAGGAAAGUUUGCUUUGGAAAGGUUUGAGAGACCCAGGGUCUUUUAAAGAAGUCCACUCUAUCUGGUUUUCCUGUUGAAAUUUGUAUUCCCCAAGCAUUUUCCCGGAGCACUCUCAUUUGAUAUCCUGGGGGUAGUUAUUAGCAUUGAUCUGCUUUGGAAGUUUGGUGGCUUUUCCCUUCCCUGAGAUCCACAGUGCAGUUCUGCUAAGCACAGGAGCCAUCGGAACUAAUUUGGUACUUGCUUUACCAGUUGUAAUUUACCGAAGUUGGCCACUCUCUCUUGGGUAAGUAUAAGUUGUGCUGAACUCAGAAACCAACAGGGACCGGCUCUUUGUUCUCCUUCCUCUUUUGAGGCUAGGUUGUUCGUUUCCAUUUUGAUCAUGCUUCUUCAGACCCACUGCUGCGCAUAUUUAUAGGGCAGCAUGAAGGCCAUGGAGGAGCACUAUACACCCUAAUAGCUGAACGGCUAAGCUUGGUAAAUAAUAUUUGUUUCACCCAGCGGUGAUGAUUGUCUUUUCUCAUUCCUCUUAUAUGUAUAUAUAGUAGAAUUCCAGUCAUUGCCCUCUGAAUCUGAAGUGCCCUCCUGACCUAAAACUGGAGUCAUCUGUUUGGUCCAGGAUUAAUCGCCAGUGGCAAAGUGCCAAGAAACUAAUGUUUGGUUUGGGCCCCCAAUCUCCAUUUGUUUUCCAGACUGAGCCCAUGCCUUUAGUUGAUUACAAAGUCUCUCACAGCCACCAAACUUAGUUGUCCAAUUUAAUAACCCCAUCCUACCCACAAACGCCUUGACUGAAUCUAUCUGUAUUUAGAAUGUAUUGUAGAUUGUAAGAAUGUAAUAUAUAUUUAUAAACAUACCAACUGUGAAUAAAAUUUGCAUUUCGGUGGGCUUCAUCUUUUUUCCUACUCUGA